UAAGUUAAUUGAUUGCUAUAUUUACGUUCAGGACUUUCAAUGUAUAUUAUAGAAAUAGUAAAUAAAAAAAUUAUAUACGUUUCAUGUAAUUAAAAUGGUAGACCAGCUGAUCCACCCGAUGGAAACUGGUGAAUCAAAAUGGCGACAAGCGCCGAAGCAGAAGUAGAGAAAAUGAAACUUUUAGAAGAGAGAAUCAAAGCACCGUCGAUAUGGGGUCGUGUGCCGUGUGGUAUUAGGUUCGAAGAUUUACAGGAUAAGAGGUAUGAAGAUGCUGUAAGGUUGUUGAAGAAGCAUUACUUGCCUGAAGAGAUCACGUAUAGAUCUGUCAAAAUUGCUGAAGACCAGGAAGGUACUGAUGAAUUCGUACACAACCUUCGUAUAUGGAUGAAGGAUAAAGUUUCCAUGGCUGCUGUUAAAGAGGGAACAGAGAAACUAGUAGGCGUACUUAUAAUGAGGAUACAGGAAAAGAGUGCAUUUUCCCGUACAUUCAGCCGCGUGAAACUGACACAUAAUCCAUUGUACACUACUGUGAUGACAUUCUACAAUGAAGUGGAAAAACCAGUUUGUCUAUUCCAAAAAUUAGGUGUAAGGAAGUACUUCAAAAUUUACGUAUUGGCGUUGAAAAAUAGAUACAGACAUAGAGGCAUAGCAAAGGAAAUGCUUAAAGCAGCUAUACCACUAGCAGCAAGCGCCAACGUGCCAGCAAUUGCUGGAAUAUUUACCACUGGUCGCACACAACAGAUUGCUGACGAACUGGGCUUCUUGAAGUUUAAUGAAAUCUACUAUAUUAGAUAUUUGAUAGAUGAACAGAUUAUAUUCGGGGAUACUGGUCUUGGUAACUACGGUGCAGCGCUGAUGGGCUACCGGAUACCAAAUGUGGUGGAGCCUCAGGAGUUACAAGCACAGCCUUCAUCACGGUUCAACAUACAGGCGAUUAAUGAUGAUGAUGAUGAAGGCGAUGAAUUAUGAUGAUUUCUUUGUUAUAAGUACAAUGUUGUUAUAACUGAAUAUGUUUUAUUAAAUAAAAUAUUAA